AUGAAUGUUUGGUUUGAAGAGACUUUGCAAGCCUUGGGGUUAGACGACACUUUAACACCCGAUGAGGAGUUUGGGUAUAUUGGUGGCAGACAUCAUGUCUCAGAUAAUGUCGGUUUUAGAACUCCGGGUGAUAUGGGUAACUGUGCUCCGAGCACUGUUAGGGUAGGUCAGGCUGCCGGCCCAUCCUGCUUUCCAGGGGGGCAGGCAGGCUAUCCCCAGUGUGGGAGGGGGGUUUGGCAGGGUACAGUAUGGGAGCCAGAGGUCACUGUGGCACACUCUGUUGUGCCUGGGCCAGCCAGUAGUAUUCAGCCAGGGGUGUCCCCCGGGUCUUCGGUUAGAUGCAGUUCACCAGUUGGUUAUAGGGAAUUUGUCCCGCCCAGCGAUUAUGUAGGGGUCCCCAUGUCACGUCGUUCCCAUGUGGCCCUUACCCGUCAGUGUGACCCAACUGUUAGGGAUGUUCCUGUCGACCGAGGGCCUGAGGAUACCAUUGGAGUCACCCCGUUGCACCCGCCUCAUGUUCAGGGGGACCUGAGACCCCACCUGCUAGACCUGGAUUCCCCCAUCACCCCUUCCCCCUCCAACCCCAUGCCCGGCGGGCCUGUCAGGCCUGCAUACCAGCCCACACCCCAGCCCUGUAGCUAUUGCCCUACUAGUUCCACCACCCAUCCCCAGGACCCUGCUAAUGUAAGCCAAGGGCAGCUUGUGGAUUUGCCACAUGCACCCCAGAUUGUUGAUUUUCAACCCCUAGCUUCACUUGCUCAGCCUACCCCCGCCCCUGGGAAUAGUAACUCAAUGUCAGGUAGUAGGCCCCCUCAUUGGGUGCCUCGCCAUCCUCCCCCUGGGGGGGAGUACCUUGCCACUAGGGUCCAGGAGUCCUUGGUCCGUACCUCACAGGGAUCCUUUGGUGUGCGCAUGUGCACUGCUGUAACCCAGCCGGUUGCACCCAGCUGUUAUUACCCCAACCCCAGCCCCGGGAUGAUCAGUAUUUAA